CGAAGCCCAUCAGCACUGCGAGACAGCAGGCCGCAGAGGGGAAGGGGAGCGAGAACUGAAGAAAUCAGCCAUGCCUCGGAAACUGGACAGUGAUACGAGGGUCCAUUUUCGGACUUAUGAGGAUGAGGCGCACGCCCAGAAGCGGGCCUUCUGCCUGCACUGCAACAAAGAUGCCUGCGCCGACAACAUCCAGCGCAUGAAGAACCACCUCAGCAAGUGCGAGGCGUACCUGAACAGCAGCGGCAGCGAGCCCUCCUUCGCAUUCGACCUGGAUGGCCCCAUCGCCCCCGACACGCCCAUCGCCGGCAUUCCAGGCCCCUCCACCGUCCCCGAGCCAGCCAACGGAGCCGACACCGCGGCCCAUGACCCAAACAUGACAGCCACGCCGGGCAUGCCGCCCCCUCCGAGCAGCGGUGGCGGUCCGCCGCCCUCCUCGUCCGCAGCCGCAGCCGCAGCCGCCGUCACCGGGACCCCCGCGGCCACCGCGCCGUCCUCUGCCGCCCCUGCACCGUCCGCCGCCAUGAUGAAGGCCAGCCAGGACAGCCUUAACAAGGUGCGCACCGCCAUGGCCAGGUCGACCAAGCGCCUCGAGAGCCUCGAGGCCGUGCUCAAGACGCAGAUCCAGGACGGCAUGCACAAUGCUGCCACCCAUGUCAGGGCGGCCAUCAGGGACGAGAGGGACCGGCUUUUCAAGCUGUCGCAGACGCUGGUCAAGCAGGAGACCAAGAUCAGGGAUGCCCAGACUGCCAUGGGUGUACCGAUGUGAGGCGUGUGGGUGGCAUGUGGGUGGACCGCGAAAACGUGGGCUGUUAUGCAUUGCUUGCCAUUAACAGCGAAACUGCUCUUCUUUUUUUUUUUUUUUUGGAUAUUUGGAGUAUCGGCUUUGGGAGCCUGUGUUUUUGACAUACGAUCAAGGCGGAAGCAAGGAAAGGGCACACAGAUGCCCUGUGAACGCACGCCUGCUUAACUUCGGCACGGCAGUGUUGAGUCCGAGUGAGUGGAACCAAGAGAUGAAUCAUAGAGCAAGUCUGUACCACAAAACCACCUAGGUACUAGUAAGCUAUAGCACACAUCGGCGCUGUUCGGUAAACUAUGAUAGCCGACCUACCCUAGAUUACUUAAGUCACAG